AUGUGCGUUAACAGCUCUCUCCUCACGUCUGGCAGCCUCUUCUCCGCUCUCUCCUCUCGUCUGGCAGCCUCUUCUCCGCUCUCUCCUCUCCUCUCUCUCCUCUCCGCUCUCUCCUUUCCGUUCUCUCCUCACGUCUGGCAGCCUCCUCUUCGCUCUCUCCUCUCCGUUCUCUCCUCACGUCUGGCAGCCUCCUCUCCGCUCUCUCCUCACGUCUGGCAGCCUCUUCUCCGCUCUCUCCUCUCGUCUGGCAGCCUCCUCUUCGCUCUCUCCUCUCCUCUCUCUCCUCUCCGCUCUCUCCUUUCCGCUCUCUCCUCACGUCUGGCAGCCUCCUCUCCGCUCUCUCCUCUCCGCUCUCUCCUCUCCGCUCUCUCCUCACGUCUGGCAGCCUCCUCUCCGCUCUCUCCUCACGUCUGGCAGCCUCCUCUUCGCUCUCUCCUCUCCGUUCUCUCCUCACGUCUGGCAGCCUCCUCUCCGCUCUCUCCUCACGUCUGGCAGCCUCUUCUCCGCUCUCUCCUCUCGUCUGGCAGCCUCCUCUUCGCUCUCUCCUCUCCUCUCUCUCCUCUCCGCUCUCUCCUUUCCGCUCUCUCCUCACGUCUGGCAGCCUCCUCUCCGCUCUCUCCUCUCCGCUCUCUCCUCACGUCUGGCAGCCUCCUCUCCGCUCUCUCCUCACGUCUGGCAGCCUCUUCUCCGCUCUCUCCUCUCGUCUGGCAGCCUCCUCUUCGCUCUCUCCCUCUCCUCUCUCUCCUCUCCGCUCUCUCCUUUCCGCUCUCUCCUCACGUCUGGCAGCCUCCUCUCCGCUCUCUCCUCUCCGCUCUCUCCUCACGUCUGGCAGCCUCCUCUCCCUCUCUCCUCACGUCUGGCAGCCUCCUCUCCGCUCUCUCCUCUCCGUUCUCUCCUCACGUCUGGCAGCCUCCUCCCGCUCUCUCCUCACGUCUGGCAGCCUCUUCUCCGCUCUCUCCUCUCGUCUGGCAGCCUCCUCUUCGCUCUCCUCUCUCCUCUCUCUCCUCUCCGCUCUCUCCUCUCCGCUCUCUCCUCACGUCUGGCAGCCUCUUCUCCGCUCUCUCUCUCGUCUGGCAGCCUCCUCUUCGCUCUCCAUCCUCUUCGCUCUCUCCUCUCCGCUCUCUCCUCUCAGCUCUCUCCUUUCCGCUCUCUCACGUCUGGCAGCCUCCUCUUCGCUCUCUCCUCUUCGCUCUCUCCUCUCCGCUCUCUCCUUUCCGCUCUCUCCUCACGUCUGGCAGCCUCUUCUCCGCUCUCUCCUCUCCGUUCUCUCCUCUCCGCUCUCUCCUCUCCGCUCUCUCCUCUCCGUUCUCUCCUCACGUCUGGCAGCCUCCUCUUCGCUCUCUCCUCUCCGCUCUCUCCUUUCCGCUCUCUCCUUUCCGCUCUCUCCUCACGUCUGGCAGCCUCUUCUCCGCUCUCUCCUCUCCGCUCUCUCCUUUCCGCUCUCUCCUCACGUCUGGCAGCCUCUUCUCCGCUCUCUCCUCACGGCUCUCUCCUCUAUGCUCUCUCCUCACGUCUGGCAGCCUCUUCUCCGCUCUCUCCUCACAUCUGGCAGCCUCUUCUCCGCUCUCUCCUCUACGCUCUCUCCUCACGUCUGGCAGCCUCCUUUCCGCUCUCUCCUCUACGCUCUCUCCUCACGUCUGGCAGCCUCCUCUCCGCUCUCUCCUCACGUCUGGCAGCCUCCUCUACGCUCUCUCCUCACGUCUGGCAGCCUCCUUUCCGCUCUCUCCUCUACGCUCUCUCCUCACGUCUGGCAGCCUCCUCUCCGCUCUCUCCUCACGUCUGGCAGCCUCCUCUACGCUCUCUCCUCACGUCUGGCAGCCUCUUCUCCGCUCUCUCCUCUACGCUCUCUCCUCACGUCUGGCAGCCUCCUUUCCGCUCUCUCCUCUACGCUCUCUCCUCACGUCUGGCAGCCUCCUCUCCGCUCUCUCCUCACGUCUGGCAGCCUCCUAUCCGCUCUCUCCUCACGUCUGGCAGCCUCCUCUCCGCUCUCUCCUCACGUCUGGCAGCCUCCUAUCCGCUCUCUCCUCACGUCUGGCAGCCUCCUCUCCGCUCUCUCCUCACGUCUGGCAGCCUCCUCUCCGCUCUCUCCUCACGUCUGGCAGCCUCCUCUCCGCUCACUCCUCUACGCUCUCUCCUCACGUCUGGCAGCCUCCUCUCCGCUCUCUCCUCACGUCUGGCAGCCUCCUCUCCGCUCUCUCCUCUUCUCCCUUGCGCUGGAGCCUGGCCAGGGUUAAUUAUAGGGAGCUCAGUGCAAAUGCUCCGCUCACUACAAUAUUGUCAUAA